ACAACAUUUUAUAUUUUAGAAACAAUACGUGCAAUUAUGAAAAAUACAGGAUGUUGAAAUUUGUUCCUCCUUCAAUCGCUACAGAUACAUUUUCUUCUAUUGUAGCAACUUCAGGCAACUCCUUCAGUAUGGAGGCAUGUACACACUUCAUGAUCUGACUCAUUAGCCCCUGCAUGGGACUGUUCCUGUGGUCUUAUCGGUCUGCUACGCAACGGGACCACUGCUGGUAAGGAAUUAAAAAUAUGUGUAUAAAAACAAAGGCCUCUAACAUGAAAUAUUUCGCUCUCUAAUGAAGGCAGUAAAAAGUAUUUCACAUCACUCGAACGUGACGAACGUGAGGUUGUAUUGGUGGCUGCAGGUGACCCUUAAUGAGGCCACUUUAGAACACCUGUAAUGUGGCAGACUGUUCUUGUGAUUCCGGUUUGUUAAUUUCAGCAGUUUCGUAAUAAUCACCCUGGAAAGUAGAGUGCAGUUAUUGUAUUGGUCACUCUGGUUCACUACACAUCAUAUUCUCUCCAGGAUCCCUCGUGUUUACUAUCCUGCAUCUCUCAUGUCGGGAUGCACGGGGCGGCUAAACACUAAACACCCUUGCACGGGGCCACGAGAUCAGCUGGUAUUUGUCCUUCCUUUGCAUUCCUUUGUGUUGCUCGUGGUAUUGACAAAACACAGACAGACGCUCGUGACAAUUGUGCCAAACUAUAUUUUUCCUUCAAUCUUUCCUCUUCUUCCUCUUCUUUCUCCCAUUCCUCCUUAAACAACACAGACGUCAUUUUUCUUGUCCUACUUCCAUUAACAUCCCAUGCCACUCAUUCCCUCAUUCCCCAUAAUUCAUUACCUCACCUCCUAUGCUCAUACUCUUCCAGUGCCCCUCCAGUCCUCCUCCACGCUGCCCCGCUCUCCCUCCUCCUUCCCUGUGACACCUUGUUGCAACCUCCGCCUCAUUACGUGCCGUGUGUCUCUACCUGAGGGUGUGCACCUGUGUAGUCGGUCGAGGAGGCAAGGUGAGACAGCCUACAAGUGAUACAAGUGCUGGAAGGCUCAAGCUGGGGGUUUCGUCAGGUGUGACGCCAGCCAAGAUGAGGUGGCCAUUCUGGUGUGGUGUGGUGCUGGUGACGGUGAUGGUGGCGGUGAUGACGGCAGGUGCAGGAGCCUCGGGAGGUGACCGGCACCCUUACCGCUUCUCGGCACCCUCCCACUACCUGAGGGCGAGAGUAGUACGCGCCGCGGCAAGUCCGACGGAGGAGGUGGAAGUCAACGGGAAGGAAAAUGGAGACAGCACUUUGAACGAAGAAAACGGAGAAGACACGCUGAAGGAGAAGGAGGAGGAGGAAAGAAGUGACAUCACUAAGAAAGAGGAGGAAGAAAGAGGAAAUGUUACGCUGACGGACGAGGAGAGGGAAAAAAAAGAGGAGGAAAAAGGAGACACAACACUGAAGGAGGAGAAAGAAGAAGGAAAAAAUAAACUGAAGGAGGAGGAAAAAGAAGACACAACACCGACAAAGGAGAGGGAAGAAGGAAAAACUACACAGAAGGAAGAGGAAAAAGAAAACACCAAACUUGCAGAAGAAGGAGAAACAGGAAAAGCCACACUGAAGGAGGAGAAGGAAAAGGAAAACACACUGAAGGAGGAAAAGGAAAAAGAAAUCACACGGAAGGAAGAAGGACAAGAAGGACGAACGGUAAACACAUCACUAACAGAGGAGGAAAAACAAAAGCGUCACUUUCUUUGGGUAUCUCAGGACGUGGGCAAGGGAGACAAACACGGUCAGGAACACGACCGUCACGCUUUCAUGAGAGACGAGGACCUGCUGCCAGACACUCACGAAUGCGGCAAAAGGUCACGAAAGUCCUACAGGGUGAUGUUUGGAGAGGACGCCCCCCUCAACGCUUACCCGUGGAUAGCGCUGCUGGGGUAUAAAGACCCCGCCCAACCGGACUGGUUGUGUGGGGGCACCCUCAUCAAUGACCGCUACGUGCUCAGCGCCGGUCACUGCGUCCACCCAGUGUCCACGCAGAGGUCCAACGCCGGCCAGCUGGUCAAGAUCAGACUCGGGGAACACAACCUCGCGACGGACCCAGACUGCCCCACGGAUUUCAUCGACGCCAAGGAGUGCGCGGCGUCCCCCGAGGACUACAACCCGGAGGACGUGAUAGUGCACGAGGGAUACAACCUGACCAACAUGCGCAACGACAUCUCUCUCAUUCGCCUAGACAGGGCCGUCACCGUGAGCCACUCCAUUCGCCCGGUGUGCCUCCCUCAGACGGGCUUGGACGUGGGGAAGUUCCUAGGGUCGCGGGACGCUGUGGUGGCAGGCUGGGGCGCAACGGAGAACGUCACGCAAUCUAAGAUCCUGCAGAGGGCGCCCAUUCCUUACAACAGCAACAAGAAGUGUGAAAAGGUGUACUUCAUGUCCCUCGCCGAGAGUCAGCUGUGCUUCGGAGGGCGGGGCAAACAGGACUCAUGCUACGGAGAUUCAGGAGGUCCCAUCAUGCAGGCAAAGGCUGGCACCGGUCAAUAUACCCUGCUCGGCGUCGUGUCCUUCGGCAAGCAAAUCUGCGGCAUUCCUGGGACUCCCGCUGUCUACACGAAUGUCGCCUUCUACAGGGAAUGGAUCGUGGGACACCUUAAGCCUUAAAGAAACUUCCUCCCUCUACUGAGUCUCCAUAAGAACGUUUUUUCCAUUCCCUGUGGUCGCUUAAAUUCGCCUCAUUGGGUCUAUUUCUCCCACGUCGCUUUGCAAUUCUUCCUCCUAUUGAGAUCCUCGUGUGCAAGUUUUUAUCAAAGUAACGUUAUCAGAAGUCCUAGAGUGAUCCAAAAUUUCACCUCCUCUCCCUUAAAAUUACUGCAUCAACGAGUAUUACUGUAGUAGUGGCUAUAAACUAUGCACGGAUGAGAUACGGCGGUGUUUCUGUUAUUCCUCCUCGUCUUGCUGAACACGUGCCGCCCCGCGAUGAUCCAAGAUUGCCAGGUACAAAUGAAUAAAUAAAUAAAUAAAUAAAAAUAGAUAAAUGGAUA